GAUUAAGAAACAAACAAAUUCCACCGAACGGAGUAGUCUACUGAUCUUUCUAUAUUCAGUAUACUACAUACGAAUUCUCCAUGGACGCCGGUGCAACAAUCACUUCCGGCGAAGUCAAGCGAGAUGUUUAUUCGGUGUGGGCGCUGCCGCCGGAGGAAUUGACGCCGCGGCUGAAGAAGUUGAUGGACGGCCUCAGAUCGGAGUUCGGCGGUCCCCAAUUCGAGCCGCACGUGACGGUCGUCGGGGCUAUUAACCUAACGGAGAGCGAGGCGCGUGACAAGUUCAACCACGCGUGUGAGGGACUCAAGGCGUAUAAUGCUGCCGUGGAGAAAGUCGCCACCGGCACUUUCUUUUAUCAGUGCGUUCUUCUUCUGCUUCAUCCCACCCCUCAGGUUUUGGAAGCCGGUGCACAUUGCUGGGAUAAUUUCGGUUACAAGAGUACAACUCCGUAUAUGCCGCACUUGAGCCUACUCUAUGGAGAUUUAACCGACGAAGUGAAGAAAACAGCUCAAGACAAAGCUUACGUUCUUGAUGAGAGCAUUGACGGUUUGAAUUUCCAGAUAUCUCGACUGGCGUUGUAUAAAACCGACACCGAAGACAAAAGCUGCAAAUCUUGGGAGAAGGUAGCUGAAUACCACCUCAAACAUUAAUCCUAGGUUGCAUUAUAAAUCAUUGUAAUUCAUUAUAAUUAUGCAGGGAUUAAACUACUUAAGUUCCUAAUACAACUUGAACUUGAAAGAUGAUAGAUAUCUUACAUCAGGUUUGAUAUUGAUGAUGGUCCCCCUUGUCUGAGAGAAUAUUUGUUUUUUGUUCUUUUUUAUUUUUUAUUUUCUUUUUUGUAUCGAAAUUAAUAAAGAAUUACUCUGCCAUGCCA